AUGGCGCCCAAGAGGAAGACGCUCAAGCGCGCGGCGGCUGACGAUGAGCCCGCGCCCGCACGCAGCGCCGUACUAAGCGAGGGCGACUGGCUAGACGUCAUGGACCUCGACGGAGUGUGGAGCGUCGCCCGUGUCCUGAGCGUCCCGUCGGCGGGCGAGGUGGCAAUCACUUACGACGGUUGGCCCAGCGACUACAACGAAGUUGUUCGCGUCGACAGCGACCGCGUCGCGCCCUACCACACGUACACGUGGGCGGUCAAGUGCUGGGUCAAGUACCUGAACUGGCCGAUAUGGCCAUCCGUGGUCACCAUUCGGUCGCCUGGGACGGAAGCUGGCAUCAAGAACUUGUCGAGGGAGAACCGGCUGGACGUGGACUUCGUUGACGACGCCAACUUUGCCAAGCGAGGCCGCGUGUGGCAGACCAAGGGCCAAGUCAAGCCCUUCGCCGACAAGUACGACGAGAACCGCACCGGAUCCAACGGCAACCAGUUCGAGCGAGCGCUGGAGUUCGUACUGCAGUCAAGUGCAUCGGACGAGAUGCCCAAGUUCGUCGGCAGGGGCACGCUGCCGCUCCAGUACAAGAAAACAAUAGCGGAUCCUGUCGCUAAACUGCGGAAGUCCAUGGGCGACGACGCCUGGUUCGGGAAAUUUGCCGACAGCAAGGCGCGCCACUGGGAGACACACAUGUACGACGUCGUCGGGAUUGAGGAGGCAGAAGAAGGACUAGCAAAGCAGGAAAGCGCAGAAGAAAGCUCAGCCAGCGAUGAGCCCGUCAAAGAAGUGAAGCCAAAGCCGAAACGGACGAAGCAGUCGGCGUUGCCCAAGAAGAAGAGGACGAAGGUCUCGACAGCAAAGAGACAGAUGAAAGCGCCAUUCAUGGGGGAGAGGCGACUGCUAUACGUUAAGAAGUAG